AUGGACGCAAAGGUCAACCUUUCGGUUCCAACUUACGCCGAUCAAUACUAUUUGGGGUUCCAAGCACUCUGCCCUAACGAUAGAGAAGUGCUCUACAACCACUUUCUGGCGACUGCGAAACUGAGAUUGGAAAACAAACCACAUUGGUGGCCAACCGCCGUUGAUUGGGAUUUGAUUGAUGACGGGGUUUUGGCCACUGUGAAAUCGAGGCUGGAAGUGGAACCUAAGUGGUGGCCCACUACUAUUGAAUGGGGCUUCAAAGAUGCCCCUGGUAUGGAAGAAUCCGCAAAAUCGGCAGCCCUAGCAUGCGUUUUGAAAAACUACGACCACCAGGACCUUGCGAGAAUACUCGACAAAGUUAGCGGGGAGCUUUAUACAACAAAUUGUUCCACAAUAGUCGACCGAUUAUUCGCGAUUGGGAAACCUCAAUCUAACACAUCCCAAGAAAUCUUGAGGCCCCAAAACCGACCAAUCGACCCAAAGACCGCUCUGCGAGAGUCCCUGCCAAUAAAAAUAUUUGCACUGCGGAAUCAACAAUCCACGAGUGGUAGCUUGUUCCGUAGCGGUCGUCCGGGAUAUGUUGGCUUCCGGAAAAAUACCGAAGCAAGAACUUACGCCACGCCCGUCGAUGGAGUUGCAUACGACCCAGCCCCAACUUGCAAAUCUUAA